UAUCGUGAAAAUGGUAGAUAACCGCGUGGGUAUUGUGGGUAAUAUUAAACAUUUAAUUUAAAGCGUUAAAACGUGCUUUGGAGCAAAGUUAUUUACAAUUCUCGACAUAUUUGACACAAGUAUUUCAAUAAAACAAAAAGUAAAGGACAUAAUUGUAUUGUGAUAUAGUGAUUGAAGCAGCUACCUCAGACGAGGUAUGAUGGAUGAAGAUAAAAUUGUGAAACAAGAUGAGGAUAAUCUGGAAGAGAUGAUUGAUAAACAAACCAUAAGAUUCCAGGGACUCCAUACGGCUACAGUAUUAAUAAAAAGUAAACAAAAUUUAAAAGAUGAACUCCAGGAAGCACAUGAGGAAAUACAGAAAAUUUCAUGUAGCAUUAGUAAAACAAAAAAAAUGUUAAAAAGAAUGCAUGAACAGAAUUCUCGUUUGAAGGAAAUAUUCAUGUUACUUGAAACUUUGGACAAAAGAAUUCUUCACCAAGGAGAGAAUAUUCCACCUGAACUCAUACAAGGUUACCAGAAUGCAACUAUGAAUACUCCUAGUAUGUUGAAAUGUACUGUAAAUUCAACACACCGGUUGACAACACAAAUGUCUAAUAGUGUAAGAAGCACCGCAACAUUUGAAAAAGAAGAAACUAUGAAAGAUUGUAAAAGAACACUUUUUAAUGAACCAGAAGUAUGUCCAACGAUACCACUUAUCACUGCAGAAGAAUUUAAUACAGUACCUAAAUAUAUUAUUGGAAGGCCAACUGCUAAUAAUUUAGAGACAAUUAAUCACUUUAUAAGUGCUAUAAAUCAAACGCUAAUUGCAAAGUAUACGCUUUUAUCAUUGGGAAAAAUUGUUGCUCAAAAAAAGGGUGAUCUUAAUUUAUAUUUACGCUAUAAGAAGCAAGAAUUUGAUAUCCGAGAUGAAAAUGGAUAUCUCUACUUCUUCACAGCUGAGGAUUAUUAUAGACAAACAAAAACAAAGAUUGAUAAGACUAAGUUGAAUUUGUUAACAGCAUUGCGCCAUUGUAAACGUUUACGAGAAUGCCGGCUAAAAAAUGAAUUACUAUAUGUAAUAACGUCACAUUAA